AAAUAAACUACUAUAACAAUUCUUAAAUCAGAAUCUGUGGUUUUCUCUCUUCCCAAGACUUGCACUGGUAAUUUGUUCAGUUCUGCACUUUUUGUUGCCCUGAAAGCAGCAUACUUAGGUACCUUUCACGAUCAACAAACACCAUGACAGGAACAACACAAGACAAUUGGUCAUCCAAUGAAUACCAAAAUGCGGCCUCUUUUGUACCCAAGUUGGCUGUGGAGAUAAUGAAAUGGCUUGAUCCUCAGAAGGAUGAUGUGAUACUCGAUAUUGGAUGCGGCGACGGUGUCCUGGAUCUGCAAAUAGCUCAAAUAAUGGCACAGGGCCGCGGAAGCCUCUAUGGGAUUGACAGUUCCGCCUCGAUGAUCGGAACAGCGGUGGAGACUGCUUCAAAUGCUGGGCUCAAAAACUGCACAUUUGAAGCGUGCGACGCCACGGAUCUGGUCAACAAACCCGAACUUCAAGCGGGCACCUUCACCAAGGUCUUUUCCAAUGCGGCAAUGCACUGGAUUCUCCGACCAGAGGACAAGCGAAAGCAAUUUCUUGUCGGUGUGAAGAACGCCCUGGUUCCUGGAGGCACCUUUGCUUUUGAGAUGGGCGGUCUGGGAAAUGUGUCAGAGCUCAAAGCCGGGAUACUGAGUGCGGUGGGCCGUCGGAUUGGUCUUCAUCGCGCUGCCGAGACGAGCCCUUGGUUCUUCCCCGACGAAGAUUGGACACGAAAAAUGAUGGAGAAGACAGUGGGAGGGUGGAAGAUUGAAAGGAUUGAGCGCGUCUGGAGGCCGACGACGGCUGACGCCGGCGGCGUAGAUGCGUGGAUCCGGCUGAUGGCAAAGCAAUUUUUCGAUGCGCUGCCAGCACAUCAGAGGGAAGAAUGCAUCCGCGAGGUGGUAGGGGUGCUUGAAAAGGUGUGCGCCAAACCGGAAGGCGGCUACAUGUUUAGCUACGUGAGACUGAGGGUUCUGGCAAGAAAGCUGUAGUAAAUACUCCGUAGUCUACAAGGUUCAUGUUUGCGGGAGAGCCUAGAAUAGACCAAGAACCAGUGGUAAUUACAACUAUUUAUGCGACCGUAA